AUGUUUUUUAUCCUCGUUUCAAUUUGUUGUUUGCUCAUUUUGCGUAUACUUGUGUCACAAUGGAGUAGAUAUUUAUUAUUUACGAGUUAUGAUAUUAUUUUUUUAAUUUUUUAUAGAUAUAGUAAUAUAUGUUGUUUAAUUAUGUACAAGUUUGAUGAAAAACUUGAAAUUGAGUUGUUGCCGGCGGUUAUUUACAAACAACUUGUUGAUGAAUUGAAUUAUGAUAAUGGGUGGAAUAUAUUGGCUGAGUAUGUGGCACAACAGCUUGGAUUUAAAGGUUCCAGUUGGAUAAAAUUAUUAGAAGACAAAAGAAAUUUAAAACAGACACCAGCUGAAAAUUUACUGUGUGAAUUAACUGUACGAACGUGUACAGUAAGAACUUUAGGUGAAUUAUUAAAAAACUGCAAACUAUUACGAGCACUUUCGAUUAUUUGCGAGCGUGAAUCUUUAAUUAUCACAAGACAGCCCAACUGUGAUGGAACUGAUGAAGUAGAAGUAGAUUUUGGAAAGUGUUUAAAAUUAAAAUGUCAAGCUACGGGAUUACCACCCCCUGUUUAUACCUGGUACCAUGAGAAUCUUCCAUUGGAAACACAAAAUAAAGAAGAAUUGAGUGUUGUCAUCAGUAGUACUGAUCAAGAAGGAGAGUACAAAUGUCAAGUAACCCAAAUUAAUACAGAAGACUUAAUUGUUGAUCAAUUAAUGUCCAACUCGGUUUAUCUCAAAAUAAAAUCGAGACCUGUUAUUAUUACUAAACAACCACUAUCAGUAAUUGAAGUGCUGAUUAACGGUACACUUAAAUUAAGUUGUCUGGCAGACAGUCACCCGGCGCCUAAUUAUCAAUGGUUUCAUAAUAACACUAAAUUAGAUAUUCAAAAAUCUAGUGAACUUGUUAUAGAAAACUUUAGCAGUAAAAAUGAAGGAAAAUAUUACUGUCAUAUUUACAAUAGUGUCAGUGAAGUGUAUACUGAAAAAAGUAAUGUCAUGAUCGAGUUGCCUCGGCAAAAGGCAGUAGCUAAGAUAGCAUUACUUGUAGCUAAUGAAAACUAUUAUUAUCAGGAAAAAUUAAAGACACCACAAAAAGAUGUAGCUAAACUUGGACAACUUCUCGAACAAAUUGGAUUCCAAGUUAUUUGCUUCCUCAAUUUGACGACUGCACAAAUGAAAAAUGCUAUGAAUUUUUUUAGCUCAUUACUUUGUGAAGGUGUCUAUGGUUUAUUUUAUUUUGCUGGGCAUGGUUUUAAGAUGCAAGAAAGUUAUAUGCUUGCAGUAGACGCUCCGAAUAAUUUUUUAAGAACCGAUGCAAUAUGCGAGAGUGAAUUACUUGCCAUGAUUCUUCCGAAAGAUCCAGCGUUGCUAGUUGUGAUUCUCGACACGUGUCAAACAGUUCCUCCAAAAGAAUUAAAUCCUGAAAUUCACAAGGAAAUUCCUAAAGUUAAUGAAUACAGAAGUAAUAAAAAUCUUAGAAAUUUAAUUCAAGCCUACUCGACAUCUAGCCAUCGUCCGAGUUACGAAAGAUUUAGUAAUGACUGUGGGUUGUAUGUAACUCAUUUGAGUAAAUUUAUAACAAGAGAUAUACCAGUACAAAAAGUAUUUGAAGAAACUGGAAAAUCGAUUGAUAUCUGGUUUGAGGGGAAAGAAAGAAAUCAAAUUCCGAUGUUUGCUUUGACAGUAACGAAACCUUAUCGUCUUAUUGACGCUAUUUACGCUGGAAAAACUUCUGACGUCAUCAAUAAUUUAAAAGACAUUACAACUUUUCCGACUAAAACAAUCGAUUUAUGUUUCAAACAAACUGGAAUAAAUUGUCAACUUGUUAUCGCACAGUUAAUUAAACCCUAUUUAAAUUUUUUAAAGUUAAAUCUUAUUGGUCUAGACGAUGAUGUCACUGUUAAUUUGUACAACUCUGUAAAAUUAGAAAGAAAUAAUUUAUAUCGCAGCUCUCAGAGAAAUGAAUUCCAUCUACACAAUCCGCAGAUCAAUAAAGGUCCAAUUGUCGUAUCGAUUGAGAGAGACGGGACUUCAUUUGGCGCAACAUUAUUCAAAGUUACUGAUCAUAUUCCUCCGUUAUUACGCAACUUGUGAUUGUAAUAAAUAAUCUUAUCAAACAUAUGUAUUAUAUAUAUAUUAUAAAAACAUGUUACCUUUAAAAUUAAUAAAUUAUUUUUUUUAUUGCGUUUAAUUUUA